CCUGGGGACGAUGGGCUGCACCCGGGCUUCUGUCUGAGCGGACCUGGGACACUUUAACUAGAUGGACCUUAUCUGAUUUUGUGCACAAGGAUCAGUGAAAAGUGAACCUGAACCGUGGAGUCACUUUUCUCUCGAACCCGGAUCGUCCACCGGGUGAACCGAACCGGGUCACCCUGAUGGUCGGGACGCGCUGAGUCUUCUCUCCGGAGGACAUGCCGCUGUCCGCCUCCUCCCGGCGGGACUCCGACGGCCGCUGCAGCCGGGAGCGCGCCGCCGGGGACGCGGAGGCGGCGGAGCGGCCGCGCUCGGUUCGGGAGCGGCUGGAGGCCGCCGUGUCCGGUCUGGGAGAGCUGGAGUAUCUGCGGCAGCGGCAGGAGGCGCUGGUCCGAGCCGCGCUGGAGCACCGGGCAGAGGAGAGGCGGAGGGAGGUCCGGGAGAAGCUCCUGCAGGAGAACAUCCUGCUGCUGAGGAAACAACUGAACUGUCUGAGGAGGCGAGACGCCGGGUUGAUCAGUCAGUUACAAGAGCUGGACAGACAGAUCAGCGACCUGCGACUGGAUGCCAAAGUGCCACCUGACCAGGUGGAGAUGGACAGCCGACCAAGCUCAGGUUUCUAUGAGCUGAGCGACGGCACGUCUGGGUCUCUCUCUAAUUCAUCUAACUCGGUUUUUAGUGAGUGCUUCUGCUCGGCUGCUGAGGUUGACAGAUGUCUCCUGUCCACAGAUGAGCUGGCCAGCUGUUUGGAAUGCAAUGGUUUGGUUGGAGGACUUUGUGAUGAUCUGUCUACUGGUACAGUCCAUUGCUCCCUCUCAGCUCCCCAUCCACCCACCCAGGAUUUCCCAUCCCUCUGUGACUCCCAGCCUAAGUACCACACUGACCUUUUGGUCCGGAAUGGUAGUGAAGUCUACCGGUACCCAAGUCCACUGCAUGCAGUGGCUGUCCAGAGUCUGCAGAUGUUGGGUCAAGGUGGUCAUGGAGGUCAUGAAAGUCUUGGCCGAGACAAAAGCCUUUUGAAGCGCAAAGAAGUGGUUGCUGAGGGAGUCAAACCAGAAAUCUCUCUUUCUCCUCCUGUUUCAGCUCCUUUUGUUGCUCAGAGCUCCUCUUGGCUGGCUUCUUCAUCCUCUGUUUUGUUGCAGAGUCCUUCCCAUAAGCAUUUAGACAACUACAUCUACAGCCUGCUGCAAAGGAAGGCUCAGACUGUCAGGGCCAACAGACCCAGGACCAGCAUCAGUACAGACCCUUCAAAAAGCAUCCUGAAGCAGGCUAGUUUCUGUGUGAGGCAGGUGUGUGGACUUAGUUCUGCGAACUCUGUAGGUACCUUGAGGGGUCCUGAGCUCAAACCCUGCUGGUUGGCUGGAGGAGCAUCUGUAGAAGGUGGUGCAACCACGUCUCCUCAGAGACAGUGGUCUGUUGAAAGUAAAGCUGUGGAUCGGGAGAUGCAAAUGAACUUCUGCAGUGGCAGUAUGGAUGUAGUGGAAACCAGCUUCAAAGUUAAUGGGAGUGACUCUCGUGAGAACAGUUCCAAUCGAAGCAAUGGCUGCUCUUUCAACAACAAAGACAUUGAUACUGGUACUAGCAAUUUGCUGGAAACAAAAAGCUCAUCUGGUUCUAACAAAGGUCACAUUUCUCCAUCAGCAAUGAUACCUAGAGAUCCCAGAGAGCUGGGAAGCCCCAAAAUUAACUUCUCUCCUAAAGACACAAACCAGUCGUCGUACCAUCUAGACCAUGAACUUGCCCGUAAGUCUCCAACUGUCAAGACCCAUCCUGUUACUCCCCAAAGCAGCCCCAAACCUCUUCAAACUGACAAAACCCAGAAAGGUGAUAGAUCUCUUUUGGAGUUUCUCAGUGUGGGGUCAUCGUCCCAGAGUCCGGAUGAAGGAACAGGAAGAGAAAUAGCAAGCAGAAGUCAGAACGUUAAAGCUAAGUACAUCCCCAGUCAGCGGCAGAAUACCAAACAUCGCAAGGGUGGCACCAAGAACGUCCAGAUGAUCAAGGUGAAGAGCACCAUGUCAACAAAGUUGAGCCGAGCAUCUGAACAUGAUGAAGCAUCGUCACAGAGAAAAGGUGAGAAGUCCACUCACAGGUCCAGUUCUAAAAAGUCACAACUAUCAGAGUGUGAAAAUUCUGCUAAACUUAACAUCUCCAAGAAAGUAUCUGGUAGUGACAGUGAAGCUGGCUUGUCCUCCUCCAGAAUGAAAUACCUGCAGGAAUGCAAAAUCCUGGAUAAACAUGCCACAUCAACACUGUGCAAUGUGCGGUCAAGAGUAUCCAGGAAACAUCACCAUCGAUACCACCAGUACCACAGUGGUAAUCACCACCAUCACCAUCAUCGCCAUCAUCACCACAGAGGUGACCCCAUUGUUGUUGUCACCAAAUCUAAGUACAAACGAAAUGCUUACCAGAGGCUAAGUGCAAUAAUGGAGGUUCCAUGUGAUGAGUCAUUCAGGCGCAGUCAGCAUCAUCACAGAAAGGAACUGCCGGGACAAGCAGCAGCCGUGGACUUCCUGCCCUCUGGUGGUGAGCACUACCGAAGUCCAUAUUCCUAUUUGGCUGGAAGUGACUCUGAGUAUUCUGCAGAGUGCGCCUCCCUCUUUCACUCCACCAUCAUGGACACGAGCGAGGAUGAGCAGUCCAACUACACCACCAACUGCUUUGGAGACAGCGAGUCCAGUGAGGAGUUUGAAGACAAGACCACAACAAGCGACUCAGAGGAGAGCGGAGGAGGUGCAAGUGGGAUGGCUAGGGGGUGGAGCAGGGCAGUGGGGCAGGAGAUGACCCCGCAUCAGGGGAAGGCCUAUGUCAAAAUUAAAGCCUCUCACAACUUGAAGAAGAAGAUCCUCAGGUUCAGGACGGGUUCACUUAAACUCAUGACCACUGUGUGAGUGGGCUCCUGCAGCCAGUGAAACAUGUCCACAGUGGUGUUUGUUGGGGUGUUGUACCUGUGCACUUCCAGUGUGCCUGAACCUGUAACCCAACUGUGAAACCAACCUAGUAGUGAGAACAGAGAGAGUUGUGGGAGGAUAGGUGCUGUAUGAGGAGGGUUUGUUUCUUUCCGCCAACUCAGUGCCUCUUUACCCCAAAACUAACUCCUCAUCCAAACCGCUCAUUCAUCUCUAUAAAAACAUGUGGUGUUUUUCCCAUCUGACUAACAAGGACUCAGAAAAUAACACAUUUCAACACAUAUUAAGGAAAUGAUUCGAGUAAUCAUCACUUCA